AAACUCCCGGAAGUCGCUGCUUUUUUUCGAGUGCUGCAGGGGCGCGAGGUGAGGUGCGAUCUGCUCUGUUUACCUGUGCGUUUGAGGAGGUGGGAGAGAGAAGAAGCAAACAUGGAAACCUAGAAAUAGCUUCACAGAAGCCCGCUUCAGACCAGGACCUUUGAGCAACACACAUGCAAUAAGGUGUGCCAGGCUCUCCACAACUAAAUCCAGUUGCUGUGAGGAACAUAAGAGUGGUCAUGAAUAAAGACACAUGACCAACCAGAAAACCCACAGAGGGGAAGUUUUUAAUGACUCAGACGACCACGUUGCUUCAAGCUAUAAUUAAGGGACCGUGUGAAGGGAACCUACCAUUACACAGCAGUUCAACUUAAACCUCAGCGACUGAACAGAUCUGGAUCUCCUCAUCUUCAGCCAUGGCGAGCAAGGACCAUGCGAAUUCCUCACAUGCCACAUUUGACCUCUUUGUCCAAGCCAAGACUUGUCAGGAAGUAAAGCAGCACUUCUCAGAGCUCUGUCGGCAACUGCAGCUUGAUUCUAAAGAUUUCAGGGGUUUCUACACCAAGCUAAAGGAAAGGCUGAACUACUGGAAGGCCAAAGCCUUGUGGACCAAGUUGGACAAAAGAGCCUCUCAAGAAGUUUACCAGCAGGGAACAGCCUGUGCCCAGAACAAGUGUCUGGUGCUGGGUGCUGGACCAUGUGGGCUGAGAACAGCCAUCGAACUGUCCCUGUUGGGGGCUCAGGUGGUGUUGUUGGAGAAGAGAGAGGAGUUCACUAGGAACAAUGUUCUCCACCUGUGGCCUUUUACCAUCUAUGACCUCCGUGAGCUCGGAGCCAAAAAGUUCUAUGGCAAAUUCUGCUGUGGCUCCCUGGAUCACAUCAGCAUCCGUCAGCUGCAGCUGAUCCUGCUGAAAGUUUCUCUCCUCCUCGGGGUGGAGGUGCACACUGGAGUGGAGUACAAGGGCUUGAUUGAGCCCACUGGUGAAAAAGGUUGGAUGGCCAAACUACAGCCUCAGUCUCAUCCUGCUGCAGCCUUCCAGUUUGAUGUUUUUAUCUCUGCAGGGGGAGGCAGGUUCGUGCCUGAAGGUUUUAAGCACAAGGAGUUGAGAGGAAAGCUAGCUAUUGGCAUCACAGCCAAUUUUAUCAACAGGAAGACAGCCGCUGAGGCUCAAGUACCAGAGAUCAGUGGGGUGGCCCGCAUCUAUAAUCAGAAGUUCUUCCAAGACCUGCUCAAUGAGACAGAUAUUGAUUUGGAGAAUAUUGUGUACUACAAAGACGACACACACUACUUUGUCAUGACAGCCAAGAGGAAGAGCUUGCUGAAGAGGGGGGUCAUUAAAAAGGACUAUAGUAAUGCAGAACAGCUGCUGGCACCUGGAAAUGUAGAUCACGUGGCCUUGUGUCUUUAUGCUCAUGAUGCUGCAUACUUCUCCACUGGUGGCAAGCUGCCUGAGCUGCAAUUUGCUCAGAACCAGCCCGGUCAACAUGACGUGGCCAUGUUCGACUUCACCUGCAUGCAGCGCGCCGAGAAUGCCUCGCUGGUCCGAGAAAGGAGGGGCAAGAAGCUCCUAAUAGCUCUUGUUGGAGACUGUCUGGUGGAGCCCUUUUGGCCUCUGGGAACAGGCAUAGCCCGAGGGUUCUUUGCUGUGUUUGACACAGCGUGGAUGGUGAGGAGCUGGGCUAUGGGGGUCCUAGACUUGAAGGUCAUUGCUGAGAGAGAAAGUAUGUACCAGCUGCUCUCCCAGACCACACCCGACAACACCAGCAAGAAAUACUCUCUGUACAGCAUCGACCCAACAACACGGUACCAGAGCGUCAACCUGUCUGCCAUUCAGGCUCACCAGGUGCAGCACCUGUAUGAUGUUGAUAAAGGCAGUUCAUUAACCAUAAAACUAAAGGACAAUCGGGUUCACAUGCGUCAAGAUUCAAUGAGUGGUUUUAAUGAGUUGUUGAGAUGGUGCCAGAACAAUACCAAAGGGUACAGGAAUGUGAACAUAAAAGAUUUUUCCCAGUCCUGGAAGUCCGGGGUCGCUCUGUGUGCUCUGAUCCACCACUUCAGACCUCACCUGAUUGACAUGUCUUCCCUGGAUGAGUCAAACAGUGUUCACAACUACAAGCUGGUGUUCAGUGUGGUAGAGAAUGAGCUGGGCAUCCCUCCUGUCAUGUCUCCCAGUGGUCAGGUUGACAAGUUGUCCAUGGUUCUCUACCUCACCCAAAUCAAAGAUGCUUUCACUUUGGCACCAAAAGAACCUGCAGGCCCCCUGCCACCGUCCAAGUCUACGAGUCUCUCUCGGACACAGUCAGCUAUCUUUUUCCUGAGCAAGCUGAAGCAUUCCUCACUGCAAAGAAAAAAGGAAAGGCUGGCAACUCUGAAACGAGUUGCAAAAACUGAGGAAACGAUGGGAGAUGUGGAGAAUACUUCAGUGCUGCCGGCGUCUCCUGAAGUCCACCCUGUUCCUGCUAGUGCUGCACCAGAGCCUGAACCAGCUGAGACUGUGCUGAUGAUGAACAACGAGCAAUGCUACUUCUGUAGGAAAAUGGUGUAUGCAGUGGAGCGCAUCAGUGCUGAGGGAACGUUCUUCCAUCGGAGCUGCUUCACCUGUUAUAAGUGUGGCAUCACUCUCAGAUUAGGAGGAUAUGCCUUCGACAAGCCUAGUGGGAAGUUUUACUGUGAGAUGCACUCUGAAGAUCUGUUGCUUACAAAUGGUGUUGAAACAUCAUCUAAGGAUAUUAAAGAAGAAGAUGAGGAACUGGAUGAAGAGAACAGACUUUCCAGUGACGAUUAUACGCCAUCUCCAUCAGAUGAAGAGUAUUUCCUCACUCCCAGUGGUGCCUCCUCUACUCCGGCACAAUCAGAAAAACAAGAAGAACCAGCUCAGACUAUACAUGAUCCUAAAGAGUCCCAGCUAAAGACGACCACGUUUCCAGAGCCUGCAUCUAAACCUAAGGUAUCAGCAGCCGCUGCAGAUGAGACUGAGGAUACGAUGCCUUUUCCAGUCCCAAGGCCACGCUCCUCGCAUCAGACAACUCCCACAUCCGAUCCCUCGCCUCCGGUGGCGAAACCUCGCAAAGUCAUGUUGACUCCGACUCCAAUAAAACCUUCCCCUCAAACUGCUCCAGAGGGGACCUCUGGAGCAGGACUAGAAAUCUCUCUUAAACCAUCACUGCGAAAGCUUCAGUUAUCCAUUGAGGAGAAGAAUGAGCUAGGGAAUCUGCAGAGCUUCAGUGCAGACUCGGACUCCGAAACCCAAGGCGGAUCAUCCUCCUGCUCGUCUUCCUCUGCAAAUGCAGGUGGGCUUCUUAAACAAGAGGGCCAGGAUGGACAAGAGGAAGAUGGUUACUGGAGUGGUAGCACCGCUAGUCUCAUCCGAGAGAAGAAGAAUCGACACUGCUUCAAGAAAAAAGAGAUGCCAAGUGGGCAGACAAGAGUACGAUCCAAAUUUUCUCCCUGGAACCUCUCCUCGCCGAGGAUCAGCAGAGACUGCCAUCUCAGUGUCCACGUUGGUCAUCCCGGCGCAGUGGAGACGACAUUCAGACAUGUUCACAGCGCCUCAGAGGACGGUGUUGAUGAUGAAGAUGACGAUGAAGACGAUGAUGAUGAUAUGUUUGAACAGGAAGACUUGUCUGAUACGAAGUUUGAAACGGUGUCGGUCAACCCAGCAGAGGCAGAUAAGUUUGAGUUAAAGAGGAUAAAAACACUGCAGCGGAGAGCCCAGAUGAGUGUGAUGCAGCAGUUCUGCAAAGCUCAGUCGAUCCAGCGUAGACUGGAGGAGAUUGAGGUGUCCUACAAGGACCUGGAAGAGAAAGGUGUGAAGCUGGAGAGAAGCCUGCGUAGAGAACCCAGCAACAGUGACUCCUCUGAAACGAUUGAACAAUGGAUCCAGCUGGUCCAUGAGAAGAACGCGCUGGUCUCGGAAGAGUCGGACCUCAUGGUGGCGUCCCGACAACUGGAACUUGAAGACAAGCGCAGCACGUUAGAGUUGGAGUACAGGAAGUUAAUGGAGAUAAAAGAAAAGACACCAGAGCAGCAGGCAGAAGAAGAUCGAAUCUUUGAGCAGAUACUCGAGGUGGUGGAGAUGAAGGACUCUCUGGUGACAUUUUUGGAUGAGAAAAGGCAGAAAGAAAUGAGCGAGAAGGAAGAAGCUCUCUCCAUCAUGGAGGCCAAAAGACAGUCCAAGACAGGAUCUCAAGUCCAGUGGACUUAGGCUUUCUGGACACACACACACACACACACACAGAGGUUGGAUGAACCUGUGCAGAGUACAGGUGACGCUUUCUCCACGUGUGAGAUUCAGACUUGGAACCUGAAAGUUAAAUUUGCAGAGCCAAAGAUGAGACAUCAUCAUUAUAGGAGACAGCAGAACAUCAGGGGCCCCUCAGAGAAUGAAGAGCUGGAGGCUGUGUGAAUAUUCUGAUGUGUGCAGGUCAUGGCAACAGAUUUUAUGUGAAAACUGAUGUAUUUUGUCUGUUGAACAAUUACCUCAAAACUGGUGACCAUCGGUCGUCCUGAGACCUUCCCUGCUUUAGUACCGUAAACCUGAACUGAGACUAAAGUCUAGACAAAACAGUGAUUAGAAGCCUGCAGAAGCAGCUUUAGAUGCACCCAUGAGGGACAGUGUCUCUGCAGAUAUGUUGGUUUAUUGUUUUAUGUACGAUUUUUAACUGUAUAAGUACCACUGAAAAAAGCUCACAUACAUAAUAUCUUGAUUCUGUUAUAAAUGUUUGCAUACAUGAUAUAAACAUGAAGCAGGUUCAAAAGUUGAGAGGAAUUUACAAUGACAGAAUGGUAGAUUUCAUGUCUUAAAUUCUUUUUGUAUUCAGUUUUCAUCUUAUUGUUGAAUUUUGUAGCAUUUUCUGCUUUUCGCCGUGUUCUUUCUUCACAGCCUGCUGGUUUGGUAAUCUCAGGGGUUGGUAGUUGAGUUCUACAGGGUUAGGCGUAGUUUCCACUGUUUAGGUCUGGGUGUAAAACAGAGGGCUUUUUCGUGAUUGAAAAGCAGAAUAGAAUGGGACUGGUUUGUUGAACUUUAAUGCCUUCAUUGAUCAUUUGCAAAUGAAAGAACUUGAGACUAGCCUUACACCAUAUAUAUUAUCCUGCUGCCAUUUUGUGCCAUUCAAAUUCCACUUUACAGUAUAUCAAAUAAAUUUAUCACACUUUAA